UUACGAACACUUCACGAAUUGCGUUCGUUAAGUGAGCACGCGGCUAGUUUCAUCGCCAAGUGGGAAAUUCUAUUCUGCAAAAGAAGUUUUUAUUCUGUGGCUUUUGUAAGAAGUUUAAUAACUGAAGCAAAAUGGGCAAGGAUUUUGAUGCUGUUGGAUUCGUCAAGGACUUCGCUGCCGGAGGUAUCUCCGCAGCUGUCUCAAAGACUGCCGUCGCACCCAUCGAGCGUGUGAAACUGCUUCUGCAGGUUCAGCACAUCUCGAAACAAAUCAGCCCCGAUCAGCAAUACAAGGGUAUGGUUGACUGCUUUAUCCGCAUUCCAAAGGAACAAGGUUUUGCUUCAUACUGGCGCGGUAACAUGGCCAACGUUAUUAGGUAUUUCCCAACUCAGGCUCUGAACUUUGCCUUCAAGGACAAGUACAAGCAGGUCUUCUUGGGUGGUGUUGACAAGAACACCCAGUUCUGGCGUUACUUCAUGGGCAACUUGGCCUCCGGUGGUGCCGCUGGUGCUACCUCUUUGUGCUUUGUCUACCCAUUGGACUUUGCGCGUACUCGUUUGGCUGCUGAUACUGGCAAGGGUGGCGCUCGUGAAUUCACCGGUCUGGGCAACUGCUUGACUAAGAUCUUCAAGAGUGACGGCAUUGUUGGCUUGUAUCGCGGCUUCGGUGUCUCUGUCCAGGGCAUCAUCAUCUAUCGUGCUGCAUACUUUGGCUUCUACGAUACCGCCCGUGGCAUGUUGCCCGAUCCUAAGAACACACCCAUUUACAUUAGCUGGGCCAUCGCUCAGGUUGUUACAACUGUUGCUGGCAUUGUGUCCUAUCCAUUCGAUACUGUUCGUCGUCGCAUGAUGAUGCAGUCUGGUCGCAAGUCCACCGAGAUCAUCUAUAAGAACACAUUGCACUGCUGGGCCACCAUUGCCAAGCAGGAAGGUAGCGGUGCCUUCUUCAAGGGCGCUUUCUCCAACGUUCUCAGAGGCACUGGCGGUGCUUUCGUGCUUGUGUUGUACGAUGAGAUCAAGAAGUUCUUGUAAAUUUAAUUAUUAAAUUAUUCAAAAACAAACAACAAAACAAAAACAAA